ACAGUAUACUAAGUCGCGUCCAUGUGAUCUGGACAUCCGAGGACAUCACGUGAGUCCACACCCUAACUUGUUGCUUCAUCUCGUUCUCUCUUCCGUCGCGCCGUUCGUCGUUUCUCUCUCUAUCAGCGGCCGUAACGAUGUCCGAACAUGCGGAUAGCACGGCUGCUAGUUCGUCGAACGAAGGAGGCCUUCAGUCGGGACCACCAGACGCCGACGGCGAAAGAGACAGAGAGGUGAGAUCACGUGAUGGCGUCGGCAUUGCAGACGUGCAGACGGACUCCCGCGUCGACGCUGAGUCAGACGUGCCGCGCCCGGUCGAUUCGAGUGAGAGAGCCGAUGGCAGCGCGCGGAGAUCACAACCGGAAGCGAUGAAUGAGGGAAUGAAUGGGUCGGUUGUCAGUCACGCUUCGGAGAGGAUGACUCAACCCGAGACGCCCAACGUUAUCGUCGAACACGACACAAGCGGGAAAACUCAUUGCGAGGCGGAGCCGACAGAUGAGACACCGGCCGGUCUUGCUAGACGUUUAUAUAGUCUUGAUGGCUACCAGAAGUCUCAGGUUGCCGCCGAGUUGAGCAAGAAGACGCAUUUCGGAUAUCAAGUUGCUGAGGAGUAUUUGAGAUAUUUUGAUUUUUCAUGUGAUUCACUGGAUCAGGCACUUCGAAAGUUUGUGUCUGGGUUUUGUCUCACCGGUGAGACGUUUCAGAGAGAGAGAAUCAUUGAGCAUUUUUCGCGUCGUUUCCAUCAGUGUAAUCCCAAAUUGGGUAUCGGAUCGAAGGAGGCCGUACACACGCUUGCGUGUUCGCUGUUGUUGCUCAAUACCGAUUUACAUGAUGAGAAUAUGAUUGGGAAGAGGAUGUCGUUUGAUGAUUUUGUGGAGAAUUUAACUGGAAUGUGUGACAGCGGGGACUUCCCUCGCGAUUACCUCAAGAUCGUGUAUCACGGCAUCAAGUCCGAGGCACUGGAAUGGGCAAAGAGCGAAGAGAAGGAUUUCCUAGAGACUCAAACACCGAGGAGGAAACCGGGUCGAAGUCCAAAGAAAUCGGUUGUAAGUAUAACAAGCGAAGGAGACGAUGGCGAACAGAAGGUGACGCUGGCUGGAACGUUUGUCGAAGUCGAAUUGGAUAAAAAUGCCAAAGUAUUUCGCGAGGGAAUCAUAAGGAAAAAAUGCAUCAUGGAGUCUCUAAGCAAGAAAUCGGGGCUUGGCAAGCGAUCGUGGAAAGAAUGCCAUGCAGUCUUGAAAGGCUUUCUUCUCUACUUGAAUAAGAGAUCGGCGAAGGGAAGUCACAGCGACGACGUGAGCUCGGCACUUCCCGUCACUCACGCUUAUGCGACGGUCGCCAUGGACUAUACCAAACGCAGUGGAGUCCUACGAUUUACGACGAGCGAUUGGAAAGUGUAUCUGUUCCAAGCACAAGACCCAGCCGACAUGAUCGCUUGGAUGCAAGCCAUCAACUUGGCCGCCGCCCUCUACUCGUCUCCUCCUCUUCCGGCACCAAUCGGCUCAAGCAAACACUUCCAACGACCCGUCCUGCCUCGUCAUCCGUCUCAGUUGAAACCCUUAGAGCAACUACAGUUGCACCACGAGAAGGACCAGCAGGCGGUCGACGAGCUGAUCGAACACCGAAGCUCAAAGCCGUACGGAAGAGGAGCAAAACGCAAAAUGCUCGAUUGGCAGGAGAAACUCUCGUACUUAGAAUACGAGGCACGCAGAUACCGAGGCUACGUUGGGGCAAUGGAACUCGAUGGCAGCAACAGAGAUCCAAUCACCGCCAAAAGCGGUCUGGACUCCGUGGGCACAGCAAACUCGUCAAACACAACUCUCUCAGACGACGAGGCAACAGUCACUCCGAGUCGGCAGUCAAUGACACGCCACUCAUACGAACGAAACAGCUACAAGCGAGCGAUAUACAAAUCUCCGUCUAGAAAAGCGAUUGACACGAAGUAGCAUUGUGUGGCGCUCAUCGAGUGUAGAGCGCCCGAAUCUAUUUUUGUACAUUUCGCAUAGUUUGUGUUGAGCGGAUACAGACAGCUGUAUCCUGUGCUAUCUCUUUCUUAUAAAGCUAUUGAAACAUGGACGGGAAUAAACGUCUCGUAACGACGAAUAUGACAGUAGAAGAGAAGAGUAAUAAACCAACAAAGAUGAGGA